CUGAGAAUGCAGUGACAGUCAGGAAGGAUAUUUUGAAGUUUGAAAUGAUCCCUAUAUAAAUAGAACGGAUCAGCAUAACUUUGGGAUAAAAUUAGCCGACAGUUUGUGGACGCUCCAGCAUGUGCCUGUUUGCUUAGGGCUGCUCUCCUGAUAAAUCACAACAAAGCUUCCGGAGGGAGAGAAAGGAUGGACGACACCACUGUCCCUACCACUAAAUCUGGAGCUGCCAAGCUAGUUAAGAAAAAUUUCCUUGAGGCGCUAAAGUCCAACGACUUCGGAAAACUGAAGGCUAUUUUAAUCCAAAGGCAAAUAGAUGUGGACACAGUGUUUGAAGUUGAAGAUGAGAAUAUGGUGUUGGCAUCUUACAAACAAGGUUAUUGGUUACCAAGUUAUAAAUUGAAGUCUUCCUGGGCAACAGGUCUGCAUCUUUCUGUUUGGUUUGGUCAUGUGGAAUGUCUUUUGGUGCUCCUGGACCACAACGCAACCAUCAACUGUAGACCUAACGGGAAAACUCCUCUUCACGUGGCUUGUGAAAUGGCCAACCUGGAUUGUGUUAAGAUCCUCUGUGACCGUGGAGCCAAGCUCAAUUGCUAUUCCUUAAGUGGACACACAGCUUUGCACUUCUGUACAACCCCAAGCUCCAUUCUCUGUGCCAAGCAACUGGUUUGGAGAGGGGCAAACGUGAACAUGAAGACCAACAACCAAGAUGAAGAGACGCCCUUGCACACGGCUGCCCACUUUGGGCUCCCGGAGCUGGUGGCCUUCUACGUGGAGCACGGGGCCAUAGUGGACAGCGUGAAUGCCCACAUGGAGACCCCUCUGGCAAUUGCAGCCUACUGGGCCCUCCGCUUCAAGGAGCAGGAGUACAGCAAGGAGCACCACCUCAUCUGCCGCAUGCUGCUAGACUACAAAGCCGAGGUCAACGCUAGGGACGACGACUUUAAAUCUCCUCUGCACAAAGCAGCCUGGAACUGUGACCACGUGCUCAUGCACAUGAUGCUGGAAGCUGGUGCCGAAGCCAAUCUCAUGGAUAUCAACGGCUGUGCGGCCAUCCAGUACGUGCUGAAGGUCACCUCCGUGCGACCUGCGGCCCAGCCCGAGCUCUGCUACCCAAACCAUGGCGCUGCACGAAUAUACCCUCCACAGUUCCACAAGGUGAUACAGGCUUGCCAUUCUUGUCCCAAAGCUAUUGAAGUCGUAGUGAAUGCCUAUGAACACAUCAGGUGGAACAUAAAAUGGAGAAGAGCUAUCCCUGAUGAUGACUUGGAGAGAUACUGGGAUUUUUACCACUCUCUCUUCACUGUGUGCUGUAACUCUCCAAGGACUCUCAUGCAUUUAUCGAGAUGUGCCAUCCGAAGAGCAUUACACAACAGAUGCCACAGAGCAAUUCCUUCGCUUUCCCUUCCAUUGUCAUUGAAAAAGUACUUGCUUUUAGAGCCGGAGGGGAUCAUUUAUUAAGCCUUAUGAGACAGCAGUUCCCAAUCCUUGAUAUUUAAGUGGACUCGCUGGGUAGACACAGUUUGCAUAAAUAAAAUGGUACUUGGGUUGAUUAUAACACUUCAGGGAUUUCAAAACACGUUACAAACACUAUGUCAUUAAUCCUGAGGUAUCAUGGUGAGGAGGAAUAUGCAAGAAGUAACGUUAAGGAAUUUUCAAAGACAAGAAUAUGUUCAGAAGGUAUUGAUAGAACAGUAAGAACUAAUCUCUGUAGUGCGCUUACUAGAUGCUGGAUGAAGUUUUGCAAUGCUUUUCAUAUGUUAUCUUAUCUGAAAUGGGACCUAGGUUUUCUUACAGCCAAUCUCAUUCUCUACCUUAUCGGUUAUAAGUUUACAUUACUGUGCAGUUUGCAGGCUUCGUGAUCGACCUCUUUCACUCGGUGUUUUCCCUCCCAUCACCACUUGGCAAUAAUUACUGUCACUAGUUUUGUGAAUGUCUAUUCCUAUACCAAGUUCUUCAGCUUAUUUUAGUGAAGGAAGUACAUGCGCAUAGUCAAAACAAGGAGAUCUUUGAGUCAAAUUAGAAAUGAAAAAGAAAGACCAGUCCACUUAAUAGUCAAGAAUGGACAUUUCAGCACACAGUCAUUAAGCUGAGACUGGAGAUGCAAAGAUGAGUCCCAGAGACUCCUGUUCUCCAGGAUCUCGCUGCUUCGCAGAGGAUCCGGACGCACGUGUAGGUAACUGACAUAAAGUGACGGGGUAAGAGUACAGGUGCAGAUUCAUUUUUAACGCUUGUGAUUCACAGUUGUGUUUUUGACAUACAGUGUAAUUUUUUUCUUGUAUGCAUGACAAUGUAGAGUGAAGGGACUAUGUAAACAGACCUUGUUAUUGUCAGGGUAAAUGUAUUAAGUUUCUCCAAACAUCUAGCUAUUGUUUUAUUUUAUUACGGUUUUCUCUUUAGUAUUUUCUUAGACCUUUUGAGAAAAACUAUCACACACUGAAUGGCUCUUGUGUAUACAACAAGGAAGUUUAGAAAAAAAUGAAUAAAGAAAGUAU